AUGAGCCAGCUCAAGGAGAGAAAGCCCCCGGCUCAGCAGUCCGCUGCCGCCCCGGCUUCCCACGACAAGGAGGCGCAUCCCAUGGAAUUCGGCGGCCCGCUGGGGGCGUUUGGUGUAUCUUUCGGGCUGCCCAUCCUAUGUUUUCUUUUCGCCUUCUUCGUCAACGAAACCUCGGGCUGCCCCCCGCCAUCAGUCCUACACCCCAAGACAUUUUCGCUGGACAGAUUGAAGCUUGAGGUUGGCUGGCAGGGCUUGUCAAGCCUCGUCAAUGUCCCGGCUUUUGCGGGCACGGUUGCAUACUACUUCUUCAGUCUCUUCCUGAACGCCGUGUUGCCCGCUACCCAGGUGGAGGGCGUCCAGCUGCGUUCAGGUGGAAGGCUGAAGUACCGCUUCAAUGCAUUCCUCUCCGCCCUCGUUACGCUUGGCCUUUGCGCCGCCGGAACACUCGUCUACGGUGCCGAAUUCCCCCUCUGGACCUUCAUUUGGAACAACUACAUUCCCAUCCUUACGUCCAACAUCAUAAUCUCUUAUGCCUUGGCAAUCUUUGUGUAUUUGCGCAGCUUCGCGGUGAAGCCGGGAAACAAGGAUAGCCGGGAGCUCGCGGCUGGAGGCCAUAGUGGAAACAUGCUGUAUGACUGGUUCAUCGGUCGCGAGCUUAACCCCCGCAUCACUCUCCCCUUCUUCGGCGAGAUCGACAUCAAGUCGUUUAUGGAGCUGCGGCCUGGCAUGCUUGGCUGGGUCAUUCUCGACCUGGCCUUCAUCGCUCGCCAGUACCACAAUUACGGCAGCAUCACGGCCAGUAUCCUCAUUGUGACCUUCUCGCACGCCUUCUACGUGCUUGAUGCGCUCUACAUGGAACCGGCCAUCCUGACCACCAUGGACAUCACUACCGACGGCUUCGGCUUCAUGCUUUCCUUCGGCGACCUCGUCUGGGUGCCCUUCAUCUACUCGCUCCAGGCACGUUACCUCGCCAUCGAUCCGAAAGUUCUCUCCUACUUCGAGAUGGCGACCAUCUUUGGUCUCCAAGCCAGUGGAUACUACAUCUUCCGCUCGGCAAACAACGAGAAGAACCGCUUCCGCACCGACCCCAACGACCCUAAGAUCAAGCAUCUCAAGUACAUGGAGACGAGCGCGGGCAGCAAGCUCCUGAUCACUGGCUGGUGGGGCACCGCGCGGCACAUCAACUACUUUGGCGACUGGCUCAUGUCCUGGGCGUACUGCCUGCCCACCGGUGUGGCUGGCUACCUUGUCGUCAAUCAGUCCAAGCUGGAGGUGGUGCCCGGAGAGGCACGCGGCUGGGGAACUCUGAUCACGUAUUUCUACAUGAUUUACUUUGCCAUCCUCUUGAUCCACCGUGAGGGCAGAGACGAGGAGAAGUGCAAGAAGAAAUACGGAAAGGACUGGGAGGUGUACUGCAAGAAGGUGCCCUACCACAUUGUUCCAGGCGUGUACUAG